AUGCAUCUCAUUCAAUAUGCUACUGAAGCAGAUGGCCCAGCACUUGCUAAAGUCAAUGUCCAAAGCUUCCAAAGCCGCCUUCUCCUCGGCGCAGUUUGGCCAGAGUCCGACCAAAACACGAUACAGGAAUUUAAAAUCCAUGUCGGAAUGAGACAUCUUGCAAAUCCUAAUAUGCACGUUGUCAAAAUUCACAACGACAGUGGGGAAUUGGUCACCUAUAGCCGCUGGCAGUUUCCGGCCUCACUUGGGGAAAGCCAUGUCACACUAAGUGAUGAGGCUGCUUUGAUUCUCAAGAAUAUCGAUGCAUACACACCGAGGCCAAUGAAUGAGACGGUUUACAAAGCCUUCAAACAACUCCUGGCAGAAGCUCGCGAACGACACACCAGACCAGAUGACAUCCUUCUUGACUUGUUAGCGACCUUACCAGAAUACCAGGGGCAAGGAUAUGGCUCAGCAAUCUUGAAAUGGGGUAUAGAAAAAGCAGAUGCUACCAAGUCACGCAUCUUCCUCGAAGCAACCCCCGCGGGGGUUCCGCUAUAUCUCAAAUAUGGAUGGAGGCACUUGGAAGAGGUGACGAUGGACCUUGCACAGUAUGGAGGGACUGGAGUGGAGUCUUAUUAUAUGAUGAUGCGGGAUCCCGUUUUAUAA